AUGCUAUCCAAUGCAUCCUCGGCAAAUGAUUACACUACCUACAAGCUUCAAGAUAUGAGUCAUGAUCAUCAACGGUUAUCGUCCAGCGAUGAAGAAAAUGCUUCAUUCUUGUCAGAUCACGAAGAAAAAGAUGAGGUGGUUGAGUCAAAAGAUCUGAAAAAGGCUUCUUUCUGGAUAAUUGUCAAUAUUGUUGCUACAGUUCUCAUCGUCUUCACCAAUAAAGCCAUUUUCGAUGAUGAUAACCUCAAGUUCAUCCAACUGAGCUUUGCAGCAUUCCACUUUACAACCACCUGGCUUGUUCUCUGGGUCAUCUCCAGAGAACGGUUUGCCUUUUUUACGCCUAAGAAUGUGUCUAUCACACAAAUGCUUCCACUUAGCGUCGUCAUGACGCUGAAUAUUAUUUUCCCCAAUCUGUCGCUUGCAUUCUCAACUAUCACAUUUUAUCAGGUUGCCCGUGUGCUGGUAACUCCAUGUGUGGCGAUUCUCGAUUAUACCCUCUACAGAGUUACAGUAUCUGGCAUGGCAUCAUCAACACUUGUCGUUGCGUGUCUUGGUGUUGCCAUGGUAUCUUACUAUGAUUCCAGACCAUCGGAUGAUGCCAAUGUCAAAACUACUUCGCAAAUCGGGAUUGUAUUUGCUUUGGUGGGUGUUUUCUUCUCAUCGCUUUAUACAGUCUGGAUUGCGGCUUUCCGGAAGAAGCUUUCUAUCUCAAGCAUGCAGCUACUGCUCAAUCAGGCUCCUUUGUCUGCUUUUCUUCUGCUCUACUUCAUUCCCUGGGUCGAUGAGUUCCCAGUCAUAAAAGACGUCAGUAUCAGUCACUGGAUACUCAUUCCAUUUUCUGGCAUCUUGGCGAUGUUGAUUAAUAUCUCUCAAUUCUUCAUCAUCGCAGAAACUGGCCCCAUCGCUAGCACUGUAGUGGGCCACACCAAAACAUGCACGAUAGUGGUCCUCAGCUGGGCAAUUUCGGGUCGAGUUGCAACCGACAUGUCCGUUGUUGGUCUGCUAACAGCACUGGCAGGGAUUUUCAGGGACAACGGAAUCUGGUGGCGAUCUUUAGCUGAAUGGGACUAA